UGUAAUAGUUGCUUACUAUACAAUUAAUGCAUGAUCCCACCUAUCAUACACACAUUAUGUCUUGGAGGUUGUGCUGCAACUGGCUACAGAUAUAUAGCUCGCUGUUCUUCUCUCUUAUCUUUUAUCUCUUUAAAAUAUAUUUAUAGGUGACUGAUAGUCUGCUAUUGUACUUGCUCUAAUUGGGUAGUUGGGUUGAAGUGCGAGGCCGCAAAGAAUUCAAGACAUGGUCCAGAGCCCAUAUGAAUGGCCCGAGAGAACAAGUAGCCCUCCUAACUAUAAGGCUCCACUUUGGGGCCAAGCCCAUGUUUUGUUGGGCCAAAGCCUACGCCAGUACACGAUCAUCUUCAUCGUUCGGUCCCCGUCUCCCAGUUCGAGCCCACGCCAUCACGGCCUCGCCGAUGCUCCCGUCGCCACCGGCGCCGCCGCCGAUCUCGCCGGCGCGGCUGCACAAGCUCGUGACCUCCCAGUCGGACCCGCUCCUCGCGCUCGAGCUAGUCACCGUCACCGCGCCGACCACCGCGCCCCACCCGUCGACGCUCCACGCGCUCGCGCUCCGCCUCUCCCGCCGCCGCGAACACCUCCCCCACGCGCUCGCGCUCCUGCGCCGCCUCCCGUCGCCGCCCUCCCCGCGGAUCCUCCUCCCGCUGCUCCUCUCCGCGCUCCGCCUCCGCCGGCAGCCUCACCUCUUCCUCUCCACCUUCAACUCCCUCUUCGUCUCCGGCCCCAGCCCGUUGCCGCUCCACCCCGAGCUUCUCCUCCGCCUCCUCUCCGUUCUCUCCUCCACCGCUUCCUACUUCCCGUGCGCGCUACACCUCCUCCGCGACGUCUCCACCCGCCUUCCCCUCCCCGAGCCGCUCGUCCUCGCCUCGCACAACCUGCUCAUCGAAGCCGCCACCCGCUCCGGCCACCUCGCCGUGUCAAUCUCCCUCUUCCAUCGCCUCCGCUCCCUCCAUGUGUCUCCCAACGCCGAGACAUACCGCAUCCUGACCCAGUCACUCUGCCGCAGGGGCCAGGUCCACACUGCGGCCACCCUGCUCGACGAAAUGCUCCACAGGGGCAUCCCUGCUGACCCACUGGCAUACACCACCGUGCUGAAUGCGCUCUGCCGUAAGAAGCAGCUUCGAGAGGCUUACCGCUUGCUGUGCCUCAUGCGAGGCCGUGGGGUCUCACCUGACAUUGUACAUUACAACACGGUCAUCGUCGGAGUGUGUCGUGAGGGACGGCCACUGGAUGCCUGCAAGGUGUUCGGAGAUAUGAGGGAGAGUGGGUGCGCGCCAAAUGCGGUGACAUAUACUGCGGUGGUGAAUGGGUUGUGUGUGAAUGGAUUAUAUGACAAGGCAGAGGCAUACCUUGAUGAUAUGUUGGGCAAAGGGUUACUACCACAUUUCUCUGUGUUACAUUCAGUGAUUAAGGGAUGCUGUGCAGUUGGGAAGGUUAAUGAGGCUGCAGGGAUGAUGACUCGAAUGCUUGAUCUUGGGAUGGUUCCACAUGCUGAGACCUGGAGUUCAGUGAUCAGGAGUGUUUGUAGUGAUGAGGAUAAUGUCGAGGUGGUUUUGUUGCAAGUGAUGAAAGGAAUAAAGCACCGCUCAAACAUAAAUUCAAGGAGUACCUGGACAUGAUAUCAUGUGGCAUGGAUGCAAGGAACACCUAUUUUCUGGUGUGUUGUAACAAUCAGUUUUGAAAGAAAACAGUAGAUGAUGUGCAAAAUGUGGACCGCAACCAUUUUUCUCAUCGUAUGCAGCUAAUUUGAUAUUUGAGUUUAUUUGUUUAUAUGCAGGUUAGGAGAUAUUGUUUGACUUCAACUAAGCUGCAACGGCAGCACCCAGAUUCUGCAUUCGCAGAUCUUAUAAUCUGCCAAAGCCCAAAGCUUUGAUGCCAGGAUUCGUGGUUUUGUAGAAAUGUGCAGUAAAAACCGAAGUCGUGGUUUUUUCGGCUGCCGAAUCAAAGCGUAAGCUGUGGAUUGGUUGUAGUGCGGGAUGGUACUUUCUGGUUCUGCUGAUUCAGAAAAGUGAAACAUAUGGUUUGCCUUAAAAUAGACGCUAGUAAAUGGAAAGAACAACUGCCUUUCAGUCCCAACUUCUUGAGGAGACCUGCACCUUUACUUAUGUGGUAUGUGUCAGAUCAUGAAGGUUUUAAUUGGAAGGGAUGAGAUCGAGGUGUGUUUUAUCAAGUUAUGCUGUGGAAAUGGGUAUUAGAAUCUGGUGUUAACAUUCAUAUACAAGUAACAUCGUGCGAAAUUAUACUGUAAUCUGUAUUAUGUAGUGCAAGAAUCGCAAGUAAUCACACUGGCAGUUGGCUUUAACAUUAGCCUUUUUAUCCUUUGCAGGUUACUCAGACACGAUGCUGGAACUGCUACUUUUUGCUUUGGAAGAUCUUAAGAUGGUUUUGAAGUCUCAGGAGUCUGAUCUUCUCAUAGGCUUGGGAAAUGCUGAAGAUGUUGUUCUCAAGCUUGUAAAUGAGGUCACUAUGCAAGAUCUCCUGAUUGCAUGCAUUGAUGGAGCAUAACAGGUACAAGCGGGCCUCAUUUUCACAGAAGAGGAAGUUGAGUACAGAGUGCGCAAUGUUCUGGCCAGUGUUGAAUCAUCUCUCUCUAAUGCAUCAUACCUAUCGGGAAACCCUCCUGAGAUAGUGGUUUGGAGUGCCUCAUUGUAUGACUACAAGAAUCCGAGGGAAUUGUCAACAUCACACAACCAAUUUUUGAAGGAAAAAUUACCGAUGAACACACCUCUUGCUGCCCCGUCUUUACCUGCUCUGAACAUAGAGAUAGAGACAGGUGUAUUUCAGUUCUCUUUUUUUUUUUGGUUAGUGAUUAUAUCCUUGAUCAUUUUUGGUGUGUGCAUUGUGAUACUUGUGGGCUACUAGCUAAUAUGUUCAGGUAUUUUACUUUUCUUUUUUCCUUCUUGUAGUAUAGCGAAGGCAACCGAAUAUAUUUUUUUUUUCAAAAAUGUAUUUCACUUUUCUUUGAAUCAAAUCAAUCCAUCUCUUUUCCUUGUGAUCA